AUGUACUUGUUAAUAUGUAGGGGGCUGGUAUCUUCAACUGGCAGAUCUCGUGAAGACAGUUGGUUAAAAUCGCUAUUUGUUCGCAAAGUCGAUCCAAGGAAAGAUGCUCACUCCAACCUUCUAGCCAAAAGAGAGACCAGCAGUCUGUAUAAACUACAGAUUCACAAUGUAAAACCAGAAUGUCUAGACGCCUACAACAAGCUUUGUCAAGAGGUGCUGCCAAAGAUUCAUGAAGAAAAACACUACCCAUGUGCACUGGUGGGGACUUGGAACACGUGGUACGGAGAGCAAGAUCAGGCUGUUCAUCUGUGGAGAUAUGAGGGAGGCUAUCCAGCUCUCAAUGAGGUCAUGAGUAAACUCCGUCAAAAUAAGGAAUUCACAGAGUUUCGCAAAGAAAGAGGUAACAUGCUUCUCUCACGCAAGAACCAAUUAUUGUUGGAGUUUAGUUUCUGGAAUGAACCGGUUCCCCGAGAGGGGCCUAAUAUUUAUGAACUGAGAUCCUAUCAACUUAGACCUGGAACAAUGAUUGAGUGGGGAAAUUACUGGGCUCGUGCAAUUCGUUUUCGACAGGAUAGUAAUGAAGCAGUUGGAGGAUUUUUCUCACAAAUUGGACAGCUGUAUAUGGUUCAUCACCUUUGGGCUUACAAAGAUCUCCAAACCAGAGAAGAUAUAAGAAACGCUGCAUGGCAUAAACCUGGCUGGGAUGAACUAGUCUAUUACACAGUGCCCCUUAUUCAGGAAAUGGAGUCCAGAAUCAUGAUACCAUUGAAGAUUUCUCCGCUUCAGUAAAGUCACUGAUUUACUUGUGCCUACAUAGAUAAAAUGACAAGUAUUUGUCUUAAAUUAAUUUAUGGUAUACAUUGUAUAUCAUAGUCUGAAAUAUAAAAGUACUGUAUUGAGCUUAUAAAAGAGACCUCUUUUCUUCAGAACUUAAUGACCUUUUACCCUUAGGAUUGUACCAGGAAAAAAAGACAUAUAGGAUGGCAAUUAAAAGAUUGGUUAAUUGAAAAACUCCUCAGGUUAAGUAUGGCAUGCAGUAUUUAGUAUCUUCUGCUACAUAGACAAUGCCCAGUGUUCAGUGACAGCAACAGAAUGAAGCAUUACAGUUGCUGUGGCCUUUGUGUAGCAUUAUAAUGACUGCACAUUUUAAAAACAAACAUGGGAGUUCUGAAAUUAGAAGCUCUGAAGCCCUCAGGCAGCUC